AUGCCCUUCAGAGUCAUCAUAGCUGGAGGCAGCGUAGCAGGAUUAACCUUGGCCAAUGUGCUCGAGAAAUUCGACAUUGAUUAUGUCAUCCUAGAAGCUCAUGCCGUUAUUGCUCCCCAGCUUGGAGCCAGUAUUGGGCUUCUUCCGAGCGGGCUUCAGAUACUGGACCAGCUGGGGUGUUACGAAAGUAUCCGGAGGCACGUUGGAGCCGAUUGCUAUUACCAGACCACGGUGCGUCGGUUUGACGGCCAAUUCAGGAGUAAGAAGAAGGAUAUUACUUUUCCAGAAGAAUUAGAGCAAAAAACCGGCUAUCCUCAACUAUUCAUCGAUCGGCAGAUGCUCCUCGAGACACUUUUUGAAAAUCUAAAAUUCAAAGAAAGAGUUUUGACGAGCAAGCGCGUCACGCAUAUUGACUCUGUUGAGGGUGGCGUGUGUGUCUGUACUGAAGACGGCUCCGAGUACACUGGGGACAUUGUCAUUGGCGCAGACGGGAUUCAUAGCGCAGUCAGGAGGGAAAUGUGGCGCAAUGCCCGUGAAGCAGAACUGGAAGCAUCUCAUAUAGAUGAGGGAUCAUGUAUCCAAGCCGACUCGAAAUGUCUUUUUGGUAUAUCCCAACGGCCAGCGGCGCUCGGCAGCACACCUAGGCAAAUCAAUGCGUACUUUGACGACUGGAACUACAUGAUGUUCUCAGUUCCAGGAAAUCGUCUGUACUGGUUUCUUUUUACUGGCAUGGAGAAGGCGUGUGGAGGACAGAUUCCUCGAUUUACCAAGGAGGACGAGGCAGAUCUGGUCAAGGAUCGCCUAGGCGACCUCGUGACCGAGUCUGUGACGUUUGGAGAUGUCUACAAACACCGCCAGAUCUCUACACUCGUGGCCGUGGAGGAGCAUGUCUUUGCGCGCUGGCACUUCCGCCGCAUGCUUACCAUUGGCGACGCAGCCCACAAGCUACACCCCAUCACCGCUCAAGGAGGAAAUCACGUCAUGGAAGCCGCAGCAGCCCUUGUGAAUGCGCUGAGACGAAAGUUGAGUCGGGCCUCGGCCAAGGACACGGCAAGUCUCUCCGACAACGAUGUGGCCGAAGCCUUUGCGGAGUUGCAAGCCAGCCGAUACGAUCGCGCUCUGGCUGCCGUCUUGCAAGGUCAGCGAUCCAACGCCCUCGUGGCCAAGAAUACCUUCUUGGCCCGGAUGUUUAUUCAUUACGUGUUUCCCUGGGUUGGCGAGCGCCUCAUUAUGCAUCUCGUCGUCCAGAGCGCCAAGACCGGUGCAAGAAUUGAGGACAUUGCUCCGCCGAAAUAUGCCCUGGCUUCAGGGGAAACACGUAGCUCUCGGUCUGGUCGGCUACUCUGGAGUGCUGGAGCUAUCGGAGUAGGAUUGUUGGCAACGGUGCUGUAUCUCUACUGCUAG